CUUUCACUUUUGUUUAUCAGGAAAUGAGACACGAGUUGUGUGUGCGCGCGUGUGUGUGCGUGGAGGUGUGCGUGUGUGUAGACAUGAAGCGUUAACGCAGAAGUGCGCGUGCAGCAGACCAGAAGACAGGACGUCUGUCCAGUGGCGAUGUAAAGGAGCUCCGCGACCGAGUUCGGACGUUUCGCUUUCGGCUUUACUCGGUGCUUUCCGGUGGCUCUGUUGACAACCAUGGCCAGUCAAUUAGAUAUUCCUCUCCGUGGGACUUCGUUGAACAUUGUGAGACGAUGCAGCUCUCAUCUGAGCGCCGUCCUCGAAAGCAAGUUUGGCUGCAAGGCCACCGUCCACGGCGUGGAUUUUGAAAGAGAUCCACGUGGGCCGCCAUGGCGGAGUGGGACCGUCCCGGAAAAAAGGUUUACCACUACUCUGCAUGGAGGCGUUGAGCUUUCUGUGUGGAAGGCCGAUCUCGCCGAUUUUGAGGCAGAUGCUGUUGUGAAUGCCGCUAACAAACGUCUUCAGCACGACAGCGGCCUCGCUAAAGCUCUGUCCAUCGCCGGUGGUCCGCAAAUCCAGAGAGAGAGCGCCGAUUACAUUGCGAAGAGGGGUCCCUUGGAAACCGGAGAUGCGCUCGUCCUUGGCGCCGGGUUGCUACGGUGCAAGAAGAUUAUUCAUGCUGUGGGCCCACGGCUGUACGGAAAUUACUCCAAGUAUGAUUUUCCGGAGGCCGAACGGCUGUUGCGGAAGGUCAUCGCGAGCAUUCUUGACAAAGUUAAGGAAAAUCGCCUGCAGUCCGUUGCCAUUCCGGCCAUAAGCUCUGGUCUGUUCAACUUCCCCCUGCCACAGUGUGCAGACGCCAUCGUGUCGAGCGUGAGACAGUACUACGAAUCCGCUUCGUAUCCAGGACAUCUCCCGAAGGAGAUCCUCCUUGUGAACCACGACGAGCGCUCGGUGGCAGAAAUGGAGCGGGCCUGCCGUCAGAUGUCAGCCAGCGGAAAAAGCAGCGGUGGCGCCGAAACCUCAGCGCCUCCUGUCCAGCCUGGAAAAGUCCGCCUGACAGUGAAGAAGGGGAGCAUUGAGGAACAGAAGACAGAUGUCAUUGUAAACACCACGUCAAUGGAUGGACCUCAGAAAAGUGGUCAAAUCUCCAAAGCUAUAUUUGAGAAAGGCGGUACAGAGAUGCAACAAGAGUUCUAUCGUGCUCACGCUCAAAGAAAUAUCAAGAUCACAAAAGGCCACCGUCUGCAUUGUAAAGAGGUGUUUCAUACCGUUUGCGUGGAAAGGGGAAAUGACGCAGCGUGCCAGAUUCUUUUCGACGCUGUACUGAACUGCUUGAAGCUGGCAGCUUUACGCAAGCACAAGUCGAUCUCCUUUCCUGCCAUCGGCACCGGAAACCUCGGGUUCGGUGAAGAUGAAUCUGCCCAGAUCAUGUCACAGGCAGUGGCAGACUUCACCAGGAGUUAUCGGGACGAGAUGGACGUCUAUUUUGUCAUAUUUCAGAAAGACGCCAGCGCAUUUAAGGCUUUUGAUGAACGAAUGAGUUCUGUGAGGCCAUCGGCAUCCGAUCCCGGCUUCACACAAGAUGACGACGAAACUGAGCACAGAGGCGGCGGCGUCGGCGCUCCCACGCCCCAGAUCAGCCUCACCGGCCCCUCUAAUGAAGCGACGCACGAGGCCGAGCGGUGGCUCUCCGGCCUUCUCUUCGGUUCCGGCGGCGCUGUCCGUAUCUGCAACAACUUCGUCCAGCACUUUGGCGAGCGGGAAAAUCUGCAGCUGUCCCAUCUUCUCCAAAUCGGCGUGUCCAUCGAGGAGUUCUUCGAGCGCGGCCGCGCAGGCUUGAUCGUGAGCGGGGCGUCGGUCGAGGACGUCGGUUGUGCUUGCUUGCAGGUGGAGGCCAUGCUAUGCUCCAUCCAGGGCGAGUGUGUCGCGGAGGAAGAGCGCGCCACGCUCACACCGAAGAAUCCGUCCUUUCAAAGGAAGCCGGUUGACCACACGAGCCAAAAGUUCUCGGUGACAUCGUCGGACUUAAAAAAACACGGGCUGCAGAUACUGAAGGUGGACGAAGUGGAGAACUCUACACUGGAGAGGCUCUUCGCCCUCAAGAGAAAGCAGCUGGGCUGCACCGAUCCUGCCCGAAUAAUGCUUCAACGCAUACCUGCACACUUCUGCGAGAUGGUCAGCCGUAUUGGAUUCCGUGCCGAGUACGCGCCGCCCGACGAGCCGGCGUUCGGAGAGGGCAUCUACUUUGCGGGCAAAAUGAAGAAGGCCUUGGACGUGUGGAAGGUGCGGGAGAAGGAGGAGGAGUAUCUGUACUUCGUGGAAGCCGAGGUGCUGACGGGAAGAUCCACCCCUGGUGAGCCAGGUCUGAUUCUGCCCCCCGCUGUGGGAGAAAAUCCACUCGUCACGUACGACAGCGUGAGCGGACCCGACGUCUCCGUCAUAUUUAGCAGUUACCAAGCUCUGCCCAGGUACGUCAUCACCUGUAAGACGCUCUGAGGAGCCGUCGGGGUCUUUCUGGCUUCGGUUGUGCGGGGUGGGAAGUUGGGUUCUUCUGGAAUGGGGACAAUAACUACGAUAUCAGCACAUUCAGUUUAAGUUUUAAUUUCCUAUUUAAAAAAAAAAAAGUUUCUUAUGGGCGAUUAACAUAUUUUACAUCGAAGCACAAUCAGUUCUAUAUCAAAAUUCUACUUAAAAAUGCCUCGAUCACACUGUUAGCGCUGGCUGAGGGUCUUUGUUGAGAGGCACCUCGAGAUGUAUUCACAUAUGAGAACAACAAAUUGUAUCUGUGAUUGUAAACUGAUUUCAUUUAGUUUGGAGUACAUUUAUAUCCCUUCAUGUUACGGGGGAAAGCUUUGGCUCCAACGUUUGUACACUAAUCUAGUUUGGACAGAGCUUCUGGGGCGGAGUGUUUGAUUUCUGAAAUAAAACGUAAAGGAUUUACAAAAUAACAA